CUUCUACAAAUUCCAGACGGAAGAUCCGAUCCGAUCAAAAGACAGCGCAGCAAAUUUGGCGAUUUUCUUUACAUCGAAAGGGAUAACUAACGGUAAAAAAAAUGUCGAAAGACGCUACUAAAGGAUUUGUGGAUGCAGCCAUUGCUGACAACAAGGUUGUCGUCUUUUCCAAAACGUACUGUCCCUACUGUAAGAAGGCCAAGUCUGCACUGAAUGAUGUCGGCUUGAAGGGGUACAAGAUCAUCGAAAUAGAAAAUAUGGACAACAUGGACGCAAUCCAAGAUUACAUGCUGCAACUGACCAAGGGAAGGAGUGUGCCACGUGUCUUCAUCGGAGGAAAGUUCGUAGGCGGAGGGGAUGAAGUUGCCCAACUGAAGUCUCAGGGCAAACUGAAACCAAUGCUUCAAGAAGUUGGAGCGCUCUAAGCUGCCUUUGUGCCUCCCUGAAAACACCAAGAAAAACGACCCAGCAGUAGAAUAGAGCACUAUUUUUAUUACAUUUUCAAAUUUCUUGACCUUUUUCAGGAGUUGCUCAAAACCUGGAUCAUUAAUAAUCACUCAAAUGUUCAUUGUUACAUGCAAAUGCAGAUGCGGCAGUGUUGUAGUCAAAGUACUUUGGAUGGAUCAUAAGUCCAUCACAAGUCACCUCACAAGCUAUUCAAAUGAACUGUGACUAGGCCAUUCCUUGGUUAUUGUUCAUCCACUGUUACUUGUGACUGGACUCGUGAAGUGACUUGUGAUUUUCUUGUGAAUGCACUUGUGUUGUUCUUGUGAUCCUUCACAAGUACCUCGACUGCAACAAACAAUAGGAAUUUGAUACAUGUAUUACAAAACAUCUGUGGCAAAAGCCACUGGAGUAGGAAGUAACAGUGUGAACACUUGCUGUGAAGCCACAAACGUAUUUUCGAGGUUGUAUUCACGAUGCUAAUUCUAAACCAGUCUUAAUCCUGUACAAGAGACGUGUCACAGUCAAGCGUUCUCAUAUGGCAAAACCUGGUGUUGUCAGGCUGUUUCUAGUUGACUGCUGUUGUGGUUCCUGAUUUUAAUAAGGCAACGUUCCUAUCAGAACAUUCCUACUAGCAAGUAUUCCAGGUUUUGAGAAGCUCCUGAGGCAUUGCAUUCAGUGCUUUCUUUUGAUUAAUUAUGUGUGAAACUUUUCCAGUCUACUUCAGACUUUCCUCAGAAUGACAAAACUGUACUCAAUUUUCCUCUCAGCAAUGUGCACAUUUUUCCAUCAGAGAUACUUUUUAUGUGAGUUUUCAUUUGUGUUUUGCACUGCACAGCUUUUCCAAAGUUGUUUUUUACCAGUUUGUGUGCAAAGUGGUUUUGUUCAAAGUGAUAAUGUUAUGUGAAGUUUUGCUGUUUUUAUAUAAGUUUAUAUAGAUUAUAACCAUCAUUUCUGUUUACCACGGCAUGCGCUAUAGAACUAAUGAAUGGGAACCCUGCUCUUUAAAAAGAACCAUAUUUUCUGGACCAAAAUGAACAUCAAAAUCCAUUGCUUAUCACAAUGUACAUUUUAAAGUACAUUUUCCUGGUGAGCACUGGUAUAAUUUUUACUUUUUGUCAUUCAUUUUAAAGUACGUAUUUAAAAUGUUGUGCAAUUCAAAAUAGACUAUUCUGCUGAACUUGAGUGCUUGGGAUGUACACAAUACUGGCAUUUAUUGAAAUCAAAUACAUGUAUUAAUGACUUUGAUUGUUCAAAAAGUGUUAAGAUUGUUAUAGGAAGCGGGUCAGUUUUAGAAGAGAAAUACAAAUGUAAGUCUUUAUUAAGAUAAACAUCGAAUGGUGAAAGUGAUUCUGUGAAACAAGCCUCAAUCUGAUAUUUAUAUCAUGCGUGCAGAAAAAAAUUAGUAUUUUGUUACUGAAUUUUCAUGUUGAUAUUCAUCAUACUCCGAAAGAAUAUUUUACCACCAAAUAAAGAUUUAUCCUGUAACUUAAUAAACCAUUGAUAUUGUUAA